CUCACUCACAGAUGAGAUGAUAAAAUGAAGUUUUAAAUACUCACAAUGUAUCGUUGCCUCUGAGUUAUAGCUCUUGCUUCUGUGAAGUUCUAUCAAUUGGAAGUUUUUUCUGCUUUAAGGUAACACUUAGUGUUGAAUGAGAAGAAUAAGAACGUCAUUUUACACAGUUAAUUUGGUUGAAAAAUUAUACCGCACACUGUAAUUUUGCACACCUUUCAUUCCUUGAGAUGUUAAUUGCAAAUUAUUUCGCACUACAAAAAACUACAAAUUUCAUGGCGUCGUCGAUCUCGUUAAUGGCUUUCUGGCCGCAAAAUUUAAAACAUUCCUCGGAGUUUCAGGGUUACGGCCCGUAUAAAACAGAGUGGCUUAAUACUUUGUAGUCGCCUCUGGCAAGUCAAGAGAGGAAAGAAUAUUUGAAUUUUUUGAGUAGAUGCCAGCCUACUUUAUGACUUAAAAUUUAUGCAGAACAUUCAGCUAACAGAGAGGAAAAAUCAAGACAGUUUUCAAGAAAUUGCGCAGACUAAUUUUUCAAAGAAUAGUAUGACAGGAAGUCUUCAACGUUGGAAACUGAGAUACAUGGUCCGCUUUUUAGCAAUUGAUAAAAAAUUCGAAGGGACUUUAAUACCAUGUAAACGGGUUGACACCUGAUUUAAAAUAGUGAAACAACGGUACUUUAUUAUAAAGAUCUAGUGCGACCAAAAGUGUGAAAACCUACUAUCCAAAAUUCAUUUUAGCCCAUUUUAAAAAAUAAAUUUCAGUAUGUCUGUGAAUAAUAUGUGCACCCUCUAAUCCUCGAUAGAUUUUUUACCUCCGACAUUAUGUUCUACACUCGGUUAUUUACCACCAUGCUCACAUUUUAAAUUCAGUGCCGGAUAAUACAUAUCGAAGUUUCAUGAUUUUCUGCCGGAGAAAGAGACAUGUUACGUGAACGUUUCCAAUUAUUAUCUUUGCAAGGAUUCAUUUUUAUCAGCUGUCUGAAAGUAUGUCUACCACAGCUCAUUGAUGGUGAAGAAUCGAACCCGUGGAAAGUUGAGCAUCCAAAGAAAACAUCGGCUGAAAUAAUCGCUGAGCUAAAAAAACACAAAAUCAUUCCGGAAAUAAUUGAACAAACCCCCAGCGAUGUUAGCGUAUGUGAGGUUUCUUAUAACGAUUCGGUUAUAAACUUUGGAAAUAUCAUCAACUACACAUUCAUUCAAGAACAUGAGCCCACGCAUUUAAAAUGGCCUUACAAAGAGAACAAAUUAUACACACUAAUCUUUACAUCACCAGAUACCCCAGGAAUGAAGGAACACAAUGAACGAGAAUUAAUAUUGUGGUUGGUCGGCAAUAUACCAGUAAAUAACGUAAAAAACGGAACUUCGAUAGUCGAUUACGUGGGAAUGUUUCCGUAUUAUGAGGAGGGUCUUCAUCGCUACAUAUAUUUUGUUUAUGAGCAAAAGGAUGCAAAACAAAUAGAUUUUUCAGAUGAAAUUUUCAUUCCUUCGCAUAUUGUCAGUCAGCGCCGUUGCUAUUUUCACACCGAAGAAUUUAAAGAUAAGUACAAACUGGGACCCUUGGUAGCUGUCAAUUUCUGUAAUAUGCAGUUUAUACGCAAAUUUUUGAUUUGACGCUCAUCUCUUCUCCAAGACAAAUCUAAAAUAAAUGUUUAAAAAAAAAUGUA